AUGGAGUUGUAGUUGUUCUUGCAAGGCAGGGAUGUCAGGUUUCUGCAAACACAUUAUAGCCACUCUAAUUUAUGUUAAUAGAAAUGAGGAUUUAGAAGUGGUAAGCUGUACAGAUUUGGAGCAAAAAUGGGGAAAGGAAAAGAAGGGUGUCCAAGAAACCUAUAAGCCUGAGCCAUUCAAAGAAUUUUGUCACCCAGUGGUGAACAAUAAAUACGUCUUUUCUUCAUCCUCAGAGGUGGAUAGGGAAAAUUUUGCUCUUCUUAGCACAGGUGUACCAGAUUCGGCACUCACCAGAUUUCUAGGUCGGUCAACAAACCCUUCUACAACUUUGGCUCUUCAUAGCCAUUUUGUUACACUAGUGAAAGUUGCUCUUGCACAUGCGGAAAAUUCCAAGUGGUUAAAACAUUUAAAGAAUCAAAUUGAAAUAAGUACAUACAACUUACAGGAUUGUUGUCAAGAAAUUGUAAAUGUAUUAUCGUCAUGCAAUGUACUAGAGGUGGCAACAAAAUACGAGCAAGGUUCCAGUUCUUGGUCAGAAGAAAGAAAAUUAAGAAUUACAGGCUCAACAUGCUACUCAAUUUUUACUUUUAAAAAGGAAGAUGAAUGGGAGAAUAAAGCCAAAAAGUUAUUUUUUCCCAAACAUUUACGAAUAAAUUUGUUGAACAUGGAAGAAGAUAUGAGAAAGAAGCCUUGGAGGCUUUUAAAAAAGAAUGUGAGGAUGAAAUCGUAACUCCUGGAUUAGUAGUUUCAACAACAUUUCCAUGGCUGGGAUUUUCUCCUGAUGGUGUUGUUUUUGAGAAUGAUACCCCCACGACAUUACUCGAAAUAAAGUGCCCAUUUAUUGGAAAAGAUAAUCCACCUGAGAAAUUUUCGGAAUGUGAUUUCGUAACUAAAAUUGGAACGGAAAUGAAGCUGAAAGAGGCACAUUCUUAUUAUGGCCAGGUUCAAUUGGGGAUGGCUCUUUUGGGUUUAAGAAAUACAAAAUUAAUUUUGUAUUCGAGUUUUUCAAAAUCAUUCAUAAAAAUUAAUGUUAAUUUUAAUGAAACUUUUGCAGAGUUAUUGAUUAAAAGAAUCACAGAAAAUUAUUUUAGGCAUAUGUUGCAUUAUUAUUGUUUAAAUAAAUGAUAUCUUAAAAAUUAUGUGUUUAUUUAUGGGUAUACAUUCUAUAUUAAAAAAAUAAUAAUUACUAUGUACCAAAAUUUUCAUGCUUAAAUAAUAGAAAUUCAGUUAUAUUAAAAUGCAAACUAAUAAAGAAAAUUAUUUUAGGUAUAUAUGUUGCGU